AUGAAUACCUCGUUUGAAUAAAUAAACAAAUCUCCAUUGAAUCAUUCUGUUUCCAAAUAGCUUUACUCUUUCCCCAAAGCCAAUCGAUUCAAAGAAUUCAAGGAUACAGCGUACUUUCCCAUUACCAUUUAUCUAGAUGUCCAAACAUUUACACGCUCCCAAGUAUGAUGAGCAAACGUGGAGCUGGAAUUGGAUAUGGAUAGAAAUCAGACUUGAUCUAAGAAAGCAUUACACCAGGCCCAAAUAAUUAUUAAAUCAAGACAACUCUCAAUACAAGCAAUGGUUGGACUAUGCCUGUAGGCAGAGAUGUAUUCAUCAUUUAAACAUUCCAAAGAAAAGCAAUAAAUAUGAAGGUAUCUUUCUUGGUUUAAUUCAAAAAACCCCAGGACCAGGACAAUAUGAGUUCCAUGAUUCUAAGUCUCCAAUCAAAUACUCUAUGAGAAUGAGGACUGAAAGUCAUAGGGAAAAAGACAGGAAACCUGGACCGUAAAUAUAUUGUUCUACUAUUAUUAGUGGAGAAUACAAUUUGCCAGAAGCACUAACUGAAAAUGGAAAAUAUUAAAUUAGCAAGUUUAGAGAGUAAAUUUAAUUUAAAAACCAAUAGUUCUGGUGCAAUCAUUCUCUCUCCACCCAAAGCCUUGAGUUCUCGUUUCUCUCCUGCUCAUGAACGCACUCCAGGACCAGGAUAAUAUCAACACAAAGGAGACAUCGAUCCCAAAGGACUUUAUUAUUGUUCCAAAUUUGCAGACACAAAAUCUACAGUCUUCACUAAGGCAAAAAGAGAACUAACUAAAAUUAGAAUGGAAUCUCCUGGUCCCGGAGCCUAUAAAUUGCCAUCAGAAUUCGGGUAUUUAUUCAUUUUAAACAUAGUUUUUAUGAAAAAUCGAUUAAAUGA